AGUAUGCGGGGUACGCUCGACAAGUUCGAACGAGCACGACGCCUCGGCAAAAGGAUCACUCGACCACAUUCUAGUUCUUCUUUGCCACAUGGGCGUUAAUGGCACCGCCUCGCCACCUACGCUCCCACUUGCGUCUCGUCCUUACAUUCUGAGGCCGGCCCGGCCGCCCGCCAACCGCAAACCGAGUGAGCACUCUGCGCCCGAGGAGAGCAUCUGCGCUUCGCCGAAAGCUGAGCUAGCGGCUCGGCGGCUAGCAGGCUAGCGGCGCUGUAAUGGCGGAGCUGGUGCAGGCAGGAGGACAGGCCUCGAUCGGCCAGCCGGCGCUUAAGUCGGACGGCCUGGCCGACGCGCUGCAGCGGGCCCGCCAGAUGGUGGGAAAGAUGGGCGGGUGUGUGUGUUUAGGGAAUCAACUGUCUGCAGUGGGCCACCAAAGGGUUUUGACGGAGGACUACAAGGUUCCCGACAGAAUGGUGGGCUUCAUCAUCGGCCGAGGCGGCGAGCAGAUUACCAGGAUCCAAUUGGAGUCUGGAUGCAAGAUCCAGAUCGCUGCCGAUGGCGGCGGUCUGCUGGAGCGUCCGUGUUCCCUGACCGGAACGCCCGAGUGCAUCGAGCAGGCUAAGCGUCUCCUGGUUCAGAUCGUGGACCGCUGCAGGAACGGUCCCGGUUUCCACGGCGAUGGGGAGGGCGGAGCCCUGGUGCAGGAGAUGCUGAUCCCGGCCAGCAAGGUGGGGCUGGUGAUCGGCCGAGGAGGCGAAACCAUCAAACAGCUGCAGGAGCGUGCCGGCGUGAAGAUGAUGAUGAUCCAAGACGGUCCCAUGCCCACCGGAGCUGAUAAACCUCUCCGCAUCUCCGGAGACCCUUACAAAGUUCAGGCGGCGAAGGAGUUGGUGCUGGAGGUGAUCCGGGAGAAGGACGGCGAUUUCCGGGCGGGACGCGGUGACUUCUCCGCCCGGCCGGGGGGCGCCAGCCUGGACGUUCCUGUUCCGAGGUUUGCGGUGGGCAUCGUCAUCGGCCGCAAUGGCGAAAUGAUCAAGAAGAUCCAGAAUGACGCCGGAGUCCGUAUCCAGUUCAAAGCGGACGACGGCAUCAGUCCGGAGCGGGUCGCCAUGGUGAUGGGCCAGCCGGAACGCUGUCAGCACGCGCUGCACCUCAUCAACGAACUCAUCCAGACGGCGCAGGAGCGCGACGGUUUCGGCUCAGUGCUGAGGGGCAACCGGGCGAGAGGUCGCGGGGAUUGGACCGUGGGUUCCCCCGGACCCCUGCAGGAGGUCACCUACACCAUACCCGCAGACAAGUGUGGCCUGGUCAUCGGCAAAGGCGGCGAAACCAUCAAGAGCAUCAACCAGCAGUCGGGCGCCCACGUGGAGCUCCAGAGGAACCCGCCGCCCUCCACCGACCCCACCACGCGCGUCUUCACCAUCCGGGGCUCGGCGCAGCAGAUGGAGCACGCGCGGCAGCUCAUCGACGACAAGAUUGGGGGUUCUGGUAUUAUGAGUAAUGGAGGAUUCGGUUUCAGCCCCUUCACUCAAGGCCCCACCCACCAGAACUGUGGUGGUGCUCAAACCUUCUUGACGGGCGUGUGGGGGAACACCUACCAGACUAGCUGGCAGAAUGCAGCGCAGCAGGACCCCGGUCAGCAGAGUCAGCCCGCGAGCGUGAUGAGCGACUACAGCAAAGCGUGGGAGGACUACUACAAGAAACAAAGUCAGUCGUCCCAGCAGAGUUCAGUGCCCGACUACACGGCAGCGCUGGCUGAGUAUUACCGCCAGCAGCCCUACCUGUGGAACCCUGCCCAGAUCCAGGAUCACUAAGAAGCCCCUCCCUCCAUCCCUCGGACACCACGCCUCCUCCCUCCUUCCUUUUUCUCGAGCAAAUUAACGGAAACAGGAAGUGCUCUUCUUCUGGUUUUAACCUCCAAAGUGUCGGACUUCCUGUUUGGCUAUUUUUUUUUUUUUUUUUUUAAAUCCAAUCCGAACGUGGACACGUUUGAACAAAGUUCAUUUCACCUCCUAUUGUCUUUUUCUUUGUCUUUUCACCACAUGAUGCCUAGCAGUCUUGAGGAAGAUGACGAUGAUGAUGAUAUUGUAUUAAGCAUGCGGCGGAUUGUUUUUUCUUUUUCUUCUUUCAGUGUGGAUGAUUUCAUGGCGUUGGACAGAAACGUGACGUUUGACGUUGACGGGCGUCUUUUUGUACGAAAAUGUCAAUCGUUCUAUUUCUUCGGUCGCCACUUUGGAUGUGCUAGCGCUAAUUUGUAGUUUUUCUUUCGGUUCUUGAAUUUGUCGCCAAACGAGCGCGUUAACUCGGAAGUUUUGGUUGGCGCCCGUUUUGUGUGCAUGCGUGCGUAUGUAUCUUUUGGUGCGGUCUGUCACAUUGAUUGGAGGGCAAGUUUGCGACAAAUCACAAAUGUUACCGUUCAUCAAAUGAGCACUCCCGUCGGUACUUUAGCGCUGUCAUGUUUGUUUGUUUGUCACCUAGCCUUAACGAAAGGAAGGCACUAGCGUGCUGCUAAUGUAGAUUUACGCUUGGUCAGACCACAGGGAGUUUGACCUUGACCCGUGUCUAUUUUUGAAUGGAACUGUCAAUCAUUUUAUUUCCUCGGUGGCCAUUUUGAACGUGCUAACGCUAGCGACUACGUGCUAAUGUUUUUGUGUUUCUGGUUUGAUGUUUUUAAAUCUUGUUUUUUGACUUUUUACCGCGUAAGAUGAUCCUCUAUUCGUUUUCUCUGUGGUCAGCAUCGUAGUGCCGGUGGGUGGCGCCAAACUAGCACGUUAGCACUCAAACUUCCUGUUCGUAGCUAAAGUGCAAGCGAUCUGUCACUUUUGCACGGUGUGUUUGCAUCAAAUCACAAAUGUUGAUAAAAUAAAUUCACUUUCACCGUUUAGCUUUAUUCACCACCGUUUUUCGGUGCUCUCACUUAGCCUUAGCAAUAGGAGGUUGCUAGCGUGCUGCUAGCAUAGCACCGCGCGCGUGUUGGACCACAGAUGUUGAGUGCGUGUGUGACCAUGAUGAUGACGAUGAGUUGGGUUCAGGGGUCUAUUUAAAUCCAUUUAUGAAUAUUUGGUUUGGUUAUAAGCUAAUAUGCUAAUGCUACACGUACGUGCUGUCACUUCCAAAUUAAUGUUUUGUUAUUUGGUUUAGAAUGAUUAGGGAGUAUUUCAUCAAUCAUUUCAGCCCUGGAGUCAAUGAUAUAGUUUGCUAUAUAAAAAUCCCGUGGUAGUGGUGAUGCGUUUGGACUCGGAAUUCCCUCGUUCUCCUGAAUCACUACAAAAUUUUAGGAUUAUUUGUUUUGAUAAUGAGCUAAAAUACUCAUGGAUAUUAUAUACAUACCAUCGCUUCCAAAGGAAUUUUUUUUUUGGGGGGGGGGGUCAGCCGGCAGCAGGGAGAGGCUCUUCUCAAGACUGCUAUGCUAAAUGCUAAAGCUAACAUCGCUUGGCCUGGUGAGCUAGAAAGUGGCGCGUUAGCUCAUUCGCCUGAGGGGGCGACGCCGAGGCCAAGAGACGGAUGGAUGGGGAAGCGCCCGCCCCCGAUUCAGUUCCACGCCAGAUUUGUUUUUUUUGUUUUUUUGUUUUCUGUGGUUUUUCUAAUGGACCUUUGUCCAAAUGUAACCUUUGGACUUUUCUAGUAGAUUCUAUGGACUGACGGGUGAGGAAGAUGAACAUGAUGAUGAUGAUGUAACCAUGAGGGCUAAUAAACAGGCUCCUUCUUUCUGA